UUUAGGUCCAUUCCUGGUGAUUGCUGAUGUGUUUAAACAGGAACCAUGGUCAUUCUACGACAGGGGGAUUAUGUGUGGAUGGACCUCAAAACCGGACGGGAAUUCGACGUUCCCAUUGGAGCAGUGGUUAAACUGUGUGACUCUGGACAGAUCCAGGUCGUGGAUGAUGAAGGCAAUGAGCACUGGAUUUCCCCGCAGAAUGCCAGCCACAUCAAACCCAUGCACCCCACCUCCAUCCAUGGAGUGGAGGACAUGAUCCGCCUGGGGGACCUGAAUGAGGCAGGAAUUCUCAGGAACCUGCUGAUUCGCUAUCGGGAGCACCUCAUCUAUACAUACACUGGUUCAAUACUGGUGGCAGUAAAUCCCUACCAGCUCCUGCCUAUCUACUCACCCGAGCAGAUACGCCUCUACACCAACAAAAAGAUUGGUGAGAUGCCACCACACAUCUUCGCAAUUGCUGACAACUGCUACUUCAACAUGCAGCGCAACAACAAGGACCAGUGCUGUAUCAUAAGUGGAGAAUCUGGAGCAGGAAAGACAGAAAGCACAAAACUGAUUUUGCAGUUCCUGGCAGCAAUCAGUGGUCAGCACUCCUGGAUUGAGCAGCAGGUCCUGGAGGCAAAUCCCAUCUUGGAAGCUUUCGGGAACGCGAAGACCAUCCGUAAUGACAAUUCCAGCCGGUUUGGGAAGUACAUUGACAUCCACUUCAACAAAAGGGGAGCCAUAGAGGGGGCAAAGAUUGAGCAGUACCUGCUGGAGAAGUCCCGGGUGUGCAGGCAGGCCCAGGACGAGAGGAAUUACCACGUGUUCUACUGCAUGCUGAGAGGAAUGACCGUGGAGCAGAAGAAGAAGCUGGGUCUUGGGAAAGCCACGGACUACAACUACCUUGCGAUGGGUAACUGCACGACCUGUGAUGGCAGAGAUGAUAGCAAGGAGUACGCCAAUAUCCGCUCCGCUAUGAAGGUCCUCAUGUUCACCGACACUGAGAACUGGGAGAUCUCCAAGCUGCUGGCUGCCAUCCUGCACAUGGGCAACCUGCAGUAUGAAGCUCGGACCUAUGACAACCUGGAUGCCUGCGAGGUUGUUCAGUCAGCAUCGCUCAUCACUGCAGCAACAUUGCUGGAGGUUGAGCCUCAGGAUGUGAUGAACUGCCUUACCAGCCGGACUAUAAUCACCAGGGGGGAAACUGUCUCCACCCCUCUCAGCAUGGAACAAGCGCUGGAUGUGAGGGAUGCUUUUGUAAAGGGAAUUUAUGGACGACUUUUUGUGUGGAUCGUGGAGAAGAUCAAUGCUGCAAUUUAUAGACCUCCUUCCCAGGAACUCAAAAGUAUCAGGAGAUCCAUUGGCCUUCUCGACAUCUUUGGCUUUGAGAACUUCACUGUGAACAGUUUUGAGCAGCUUUGCAUUAACUUUGCGAAUGAAAACCUGCAACAGUUCUUCGUGCGUCACGUCUUCAAGCUAGAGCAGGAGGAGUACAACCUGGAGAAUAUCAACUGGCAGCACAUCGAGUUCACGGAUAACCAGGAUGCCUUGGACAUGAUUGCCAUCAAGCCUAUGAACAUCAUCUCCCUCAUUGACGAGGAGAGCAAGUUCCCCAAGGGUACAGAUGCCACCAUGUUGCACAAGCUGAACUCCCAGCACAAGCUUAACACCAACUAUAUUCCUCCGAAGAAUAACUACGAAACCCAGUUUGGCAUUAACCAUUUUGCUGGAAUUGUUUACUACGAAACAAAAGGUUUCUUGGAGAAAAACAGGGACACGCUGCAUGGAGACAUCAUUCAGCUGGUGCAUUCCUCAAAAAACAAAUUCAUCAAGCAGAUCUUCCAAGCAGAUGUGGCAAUGGGAGCGGAGACAAGGAAGCGCUCGCCGACGCUCAGCAGCCAGUUCAAGCGCUCGCUGGAGCUGUUGAUGAGGACUCUCAGCGUGUGCCAGCCCUUUUUUGUCCGCUGCAUCAAGCCCAAUGAGUACAAGAAGCCCAUGCUGUUUGAUCGGGAGCUGUGCGUCCGUCAGCUGAGGUACUCAGGGAUGAUGGAGACCAUCCGCAUCCGCCGGGCUGGGUACCCCAUCCGCUACACCUUCGUGGAGUUCGUGGACCGCUACCGGGUGCUCAUGCCUGGGGUGAAGCCAGCCUACAAGCAGGGUGACCUGCGUGGGACCUGCCAGCGCAUUGCUGAAGCAGUGCUGGGGAAGGAUGAUGACUGGCAGAUUGGCAAGACAAAGAUAUUUCUAAAGGACCACCACGACAUGCUGCUGGAGAUUGAGAGAGACAAAGCCAUCACAGACAAAGUCAUCCUCAUCCAGAAGGUGGUCCGUGGGUAUAAAGACAGGUCCAAUUUCCUGAAAGUGAGAAAUUCAGUCCUGAUGAUUCAGAGAUACUGGCGUGGGCAUAACUGCAGGAAGAACUAUGGUGCUAUGCGGAUUGGCUUCCUGAGGCUGCAGGCCCUGUACCGAUCCCGCAAGCUCCACCAGCAGUACCACAUGGCUCGCCGGCGGAUCAUCGAGUUCCAGGCACGGUGCCGGGGCUACCUGGUCCGCAGGGCUUUCCGCCACCGCCUCUGGGCUGUGCUCACCGUGCAGGCUUACGCCCGCGGCAUGAUCGCCCGACGGCUCUACAAGCGCCUCCGGGGCGAGUAUUAUCGACGCCUGGAAGCAGAGAAACUUCGGCUGGCAGAAGAGGAACGACUUCGAAAGGAGAUGAGUGCCAAGAAAGCCAAAGAAGAAGCAGAAAAGAAACACCAAGUACGCCUGGCCCAGCUGGCACGGGAAGAUGCAGAGAGAGAAGUAAAGGAGAAGGAGGAAGCGCGUCGGAAGAAAGAGCUCUUAGAAAAAAUGGAGAGAGCUCGCAAUGAGCCAGUGAAUGACUCAGAAAUGGUGGACAAAAUGUUUGGAUUCCUGGGGACAACUUCCUCCCUUCCUGGCCAGGAGGGACAGGCACCCAAUGGCUUUGAGGAUCUUGAGCAAGUCCAGAAGGAGCUGGAGGAAGAGGACCUGGAUGCAGCAUUGCCUCUCCCUGAGGAGGAGGAAGAAGACCUCUCAGAGUACAAAUUUGCCAAGUUUGCUGCCACGUAUUUCCAGGGCACAACAACACACACGUACAUCCGCCGGCCCCUCAAGCAGCCUCUCUUGUACCAUGAAGAUGAAGGAGACCAGUUGGCGGCCCUUGCUGUAUGGAUCACUAUCCUGCGUUUCAUGGGAGACCUCCCUGAGCCGAAAUACCACACAGCCAUGAGUGAUGGUGGUGAGAAGAUACCAGUAAUGACAAAAAUCUAUGAGACUCUUGGGAAGAAGACCUAUAAGAAAGAGCUGCAGGCUCUGCAGGGAGAAGGAGAGAGUACUCAUGUUGAUGGGCACAAGAAGAACAGUGUGCGGCACAAACUGGUCUCCUUAACACUCAAGAAGAAAUCCAAACUGACGGAGGAGGUGACAAAGAGACUUCAUGAUGGUGAGUCCACGCUGCAGGGUAAUAGCAUGCUCGAAGACCGACCCACUUCCAACCUGGAGAAGCUCCAUUUCAUUAUUGGUAAUGGCAUCCUCAGGCCAGCCUUAAGGGAUGAAAUCUACUGUCAAAUCUGCAAGCAGCUGACUCAGAACCCUUCCAAAAGCAGCCAUGCUAGGGGUUGGAUACUGAUGUCCCUUUGUGUGGGAUGUUUUGCUCCUUCUGAGAAGUUUGUGAAGUAUUUAAGGAACUUCAUCAACGGAGGCCCCCCAGGUUAUGCUCCCUAUUGUGAAGAGAGGCUGAGGCGGACAUUUGCCAACGGGACAAGGACACAGCCACCCAGCUGGCUGGAGCUGCAGGCAACCAAGUCCAAGAAACCGAUCAUGCUGCCUGUCACCUUUAUGGAUGGGACAACAAAGACACUGUUGACAGACUCUGCAACAACUGCUAAAGAGCUCUGCAAUUCUUUGGCCGACAAAAUCAGCCUGAAGGACCGAUUUGGCUUUUCGCUCUACAUUGCACUUUUUGACAAGGUGUCCUCGCUGGGGAGUGGCAAUGACCACGUGAUGGAUGCUGUGUCCCAGUGCGAGCAGUAUGCCAAGGAGCAGGGAGCGCAGGAGCGCAACGCGCCGUGGCGGCUCUUCUUCAGGAAGGAGAUCUUCACCCCCUGGCACAACCCCAGCGAGGACAACGUGGCCACCAAUCUCAUCUACCAACAGAUCGUGCGAGGGGUGAAGUUUGGGGAGUACCGGUGUGACAAGGAGGAGGAUCUGGCAGAACUGGCUUCCCAGCAGUACUACGUGGACUAUGGGUCAGAGAUGGUACUGGAAAGGCUGCUAAAUCUAAUUCCAUCCUACAUUCCAGACAGAGAGAUCACAGCUUCAAAAACAGUGGAAAAAUGGGCUCAGCUCAUUAUAGCUGCACAUAAAAAGGGAAUUUAUACUCAGAAGAGGGCAGACCCAAAAAAGGUCAAGGAAGAAGUAGUGGAUUUUGCACGUUUCAAGUGGCCUUUGCUGUUUUCUCGGUUUUAUGAAGCCUUUAAGUUCUCAGGGCCAAGCCUGCCUAAAAAUGAUGUGAUUGUAGCUGUCAACUGGACAGGGGUGUACUUUGUGGAUGAACAGGAGCAGGUUCUCUUAGAGCUCUCUUUCCCAGAGAUCACAGCUGUGUCAAGCAGCAGAGGAGGAAAGCUGCAAGGGCAGAGUUUCACCCUGGCCACCAUUAAAGGUGAUGAGUACACUUUCACCUCCAACAAUGCCGAGGAUAUCCGGGACCUGGUGGUGACCUUCCUUGAAGGACUAAGGAAACGAUCCAAGUAUGUGGUCACCCUCCAAGACAACCCAAAUCCAGUGGGAGAAGAAUCUGGGUUCCUCAGCUUCCUUAAAGGAGACCUGAUAGUUCUGGACCAGGACACAGGAGAGCAAGUGAUGAACUCGGGGUGGGCUAAUGGGUUCAAUGAACGGACCAAGCAGAGAGGGGAUUUCCCAACUGAUUCCGUCUAUGUCUUGCCUACCGUCACCAUGCCUCCGUUGGAGAUCGUGGCCCUGGUCACAAUGACCCCUGACCAACGACAAGAUGUUAUCAGAACCUCUCAGAUGGCAGUUUCAGACAGUGAAGAAAGAGUUAAGCCAUACACCUUGGAGGAAUUUUCCUACGAUUAUUUUAGACCACCUCCAAAGCACACCCUCAGCCGGGUCAUGAUCACCAAGAGCCGUGGAAAGGACAAGCUGUGGUGUUACACCCGCGAGCCCAUCAAACAGCCACUGCUGAAGAAGAUCCUGGGCAGCGAGGAGCUGUCCCAAGAAGCCUGUAUGGCCUUUAUUGCUGUGCUGAAAUAUAUGGGUGACUACCCAUCCAAAAGGACCCGCUCAGUCAAUGAACUGACAGACCAAAUAUUUGAAGGUGCCUUGAAAGCUGAACCCCUCAAGGAUGAGAUCUACUGCCAGACCCUCAAGCAGCUCACGGACAACCACAUCAAAUACAGUGAAGAGAAAGGCUGGGAGCUGUUGUGGUUGUGUACAGGCCUUUUCCCUCCGAGUAACAUCCUCCUGCCCCACGUCCAGAGGUUCCUGCAAUCCCGGAAACAUCACCCCUUGGCAGCAGACUGCAUCCAGAGACUCCAGAAAGCCUUGAGGAAUGGAUCCAGAAAAUACCCACCCCAUCUGGUAGAAGUGGAAGCCAUUCAACACAAAACGACCCAAAUUUUCCACAAGGUUUACUUCCCUGAUGACACCGAUGAGGCAUUUGAGGUGGAAUCCAGCACGAAAGCCAAGGACUUCUGCCAGAACAUCUCCAACAGGCUGCUCCUGAAGUCCUCUGAGGGCUUCAGCCUCUUUGUCAAAAUCUCCGACAAGGUCAUCAGUGUGCCGGAGGGAGAUUUCUUCUUUGACUUUGUGAGACACCUGACAGACUGGAUAAAGAAAGCAAGACCAGCAAAAGAUGGAAUAGUGCCUUCCCUCACCUACCAAGUGUUCUUCAUGAAAAAACUGUGGACCAACACAACGCCUGGAAAAGACUCGAUGGCAGACUCAAUCUUCCACUAUUACCAGGAGUUACCAAAGUACCUGCGUGGCUACCACAAGUGCUCACGGGAAGAGGUCCUGCAGCUGGCAGCUCUCAUCUACCGAGUCAAGUUUGAGGAUGACAAGUCCUAUUUCCCCAGCAUCCCCAAACUCCUGAAGGAGCUGGUGCCUCAGGACCUCAUCCGGCAGCUCUCUCCAGAUGACUGGAAAAGGUCCAUCGUGGCAUACUACAACAAACAUGCAGGAAAAACAAGAGAAGAAGCCAAGCUUGCCUUUCUAAAGAUUAUCUUCAAGUGGCCUACAUUUGGAUCAGCAUUCUUUGAAGUGAAGCAAACUACAGAGCCAAAUUAUCCAGAAAUCCUUCUAAUUGCCAUCAAUAAGCAUGGAGUCAGCCUCAUUGAUCCCAAAACCAAGGAUAUUCUCAUCACUCACCCCUUCACCAAGAUCUCCAACUGGAGCAGUGGCAACACGUAUUUCCACAUAACCAUUGGCAACUUGGUGAGAGGAAGCAAGCUGCUCUGUGAGACCUCCCUGGGGUACAAGAUGGAUGAUCUUUUGACCUCAUACAUCAGCCAGAUGCUGACAGCCAUGAGCAAACAGAGGAGUGCAAAGGGUAGCAAGUGAACUGCAAGAAGCCACUGGCACAUGGUCAUGGGGCUAAUUCACCAGCUGAGGGCUGUGGGAUACCCGUGCAGCUGGGCGAGAAACUUUGCCUCCCAGAUGUGGAAGAUGAGCCGAACACCAUCCGGGAGUUCAAUGGACUCUGACCUUGAGGGCUCCAAUCCCACCUCCCCUUCCAGCGAAGAUGACUAUCUCUGACCUCCUACUCACCUUCCUCACCCUGCAUCCCAACUCAAUCCUACACCUCAAAGAUUUCCAGGGGACACCACUGCUGUCAGAGAGUGACCAAGGCAAAGACACUCCAGCAGGAGGUCACAAAGGCUCUUGGAUGAGGAUUUUUGUGUGUGUGUGUCUGUGUGUGUGUGUCUGUGUGACUUGCUUUGUUUUCAUUUGUUGGUUUUUUUCUUAAAUAUGAGAGCUGUUAGGAUGCAAACAGGUUUUUGGUGAAGUUUCUGGGAAUUUCAGGUUUGAAGAGUAAUAAGAGAGCCCUGACCCAUGCUGGAAGGACAUCCAAUGAACACUGCAGGGCUUGUUUUUUAGUCAUUACAAAAGAAUACACUGCAUUCUUAAGAUGUACAGAAAGAAAAAGCAGGCAGGGAGGAGCACAUUUUAACUAGGAAUCAGCAUAAAUAAACUACUGAUUGAACAGGCUAGUGUACUAAAGUCCUAUCCGUGCAAUGCUGGAAAUAUUUAAAGAACAAAUUUUAAAGUUUUGUUUCUUCUUCUAUUUAUUUUUUAAAAUAUUAAAAAGGAAAAAAAAAUCCUGUAUUUUGUGCCGGUAUCUGGAUGCUGACCUGCAGAACAAACCCUUGCCCAGAGACUCCCCAAGAGCCAUGACUGCCAGAGGCUGAGUAAGGCACAUCUUUCUCAACCUAAGGGUUCAGCUGGAAGAGAUAAGCUUGGAAAAUUAAUUAUCUCCUUUUGCUCCCUGUGUCCAGAAAAAUUAACUUUGACUUUUGCUGCAAACUUCAGUAUGGAUAUAGGGGUUUUGAACAACCCAUGCUUGGAGGACUGAAGCCAAGCCUAUGUUGGGCUGUAAUUCAAACAUUAACUUGGCCAUCGGGUUUAAACCAGCUGAUGAUUUUAUUGUGAUUUUUGUGUGUGUUUCUGUGAAAAGCAGCUCUUCAUGAGUCCUAGCUGGACCUGAACCACUCACAGCAAGGGUAGACCCUUGAUUUUGGUGGUAUUUUCUCCAUCUUUGAUUGGCUGUACUCAUCUGCUGGCUGUUUGUCUCAUCUGCCACCCAAUGCCACACGGUGCGGACCAGCCUACUUUGGAGCAGAGAUGGGACCUGCUGGCAGAGAGGAGGCUGAAACCAUAUUGUGUCUGGGAGGACGCAGGGAGAGAAGCCCAGGGGUGCCUUUCCAAAAUCCAGGCUUCGAAGGAAGACAUGGCUGGGUGUGGGGUAUCAAGAGCGGGGACAAUUGUACAUUAAGAUCUGGUGUUGGUGUAACCCACCCUGAGUGGAUCUCAGUAGAUGCUGAAGCCACUCUUGGUCCUGUGCGUUCAGCUGGGUCUGACUGCUUUUGUACAAGUCCAUAUUGUGGGGUGUCACGUGCUGCUCUGCUAAGCUCAGCUGAGCUCAGGUCUCCAACACCAUGGUGUGCCAGGCAGGAUUGGCAGCAAUGCCUACCAGACCUCAAGGACUGUGACAUUCGAGUGGGAUGCAGCAGUGACUUACGACUUUGCUUGCUCCAUCAAAGCAAAUGAGAGGCUGCACAGAGACAUCCACCAGCCAGACAGGGCUGCUAGGAGAUCCCCUUCCUCCAUCAUCUCCUACCCAAAGGACUCUGGUGAUGGGAGCAUGGUUACACCAAGGCUACAUUGGCAGCCCAGCUGCCUUCUCACCAUCCAUCUCUGGUAUUUCUCUCCCUUCCCCAGCUGCCAUGAUCCAGCUGUCCCAGGAAUCCCACUUGUCCUUAGAUACAUGCCUAUCAUCGCCACACCAUCAUUGCUUUUUCUGAGUCUCCAGCUAUCCCUGCCACUCACUGCACACUCAGCAGACAAUGCAGCACAGCAGUGUUUUCCAGAGCUGUCCUGGGUCAUCUUUCCCCUGCCACCACCCUCAUCCCUCCACUUACAGCUCUGUUGGCAUCCCAUGCACCCCAUAAUUUUGGGCAGGGGUGGGACUCUGUGUGUGUGUACCUGUGUGUCUUAUGUAUUAGCAUCUGCUGGCCUCUUUGUAUUCACAUCAACGAUGUAACAUGAAAAAACGUGUCCAAGUGAAAUACUCCAAUUAAAAAGCAUCAAGUGG